AUGCUGCUCGCGACUGUGAGCACUCCAGAGCUUGGACUCGGCGAGCAAAUGAGUCUGAUUGAGAUUCAUCAACUCGACCGGCCGGCCUCGCUACACCAGCGCUCAUCUCCGACCGAGAGUCGGCUUUCGAGUCGCAACGCUGAACCGCUGGCGUUUGCUCGUCUUCGCCGAUCGCAUCACCAACGCCGGCGAUCGACUUGCGCUCGACAUGGUUCUCCAGCGAGGAAAUAA